CGAGCACAGUUUAGGUUUCGUGCUGUCUUAAGAGAACUAUCCAGCAGCUUCUUGCUCAUCCUUAUUGGGAGAACUGCACCGUUACUUUAAAAACACACAUACACAAAAACCUUAAGGGAGAAAGACGGCAACUCCAAACUAACAUGGCAGUCAGACUGUGUGAUGUGGCUUCUCUGCUUAGAAGUGGUUCGUGGGCAGCAGAGCCUUGGACCGGGCAGGUAAUUGCUGCCAUGGAAACACAACUGUCUAAUGGGCCAACUUGCAAUAACACAGCCAAUGGUCCAACCACCAUAAACAACAACUGCUCGUCACCAGUUGACUCUGGGAACACAGAAGACAGCAAGACCAACUUAAUAGUCAACUACCUUCCUCAGAACAUGACACAGGAGGAACUAAAGAGUCUCUUUGGGAGCAUUGGUGAAAUAGAGUCCUGUAAGCUUGUAAGAGACAAAAUAACAGGGCAGAGCUUGGGAUAUGGCUUUGUGAACUACAUUGACCCCAAGGAUGCAGAGAAAGCUAUCAACACCCUGAAUGGAUUGAGACUUCAAACCAAAACAAUAAAAGUUUCCUAUGCUCGCCCAAGUUCAGCUUCUAUCAGAGAUGCAAAUUUAUAUGUCAGCGGACUUCCAAAAACAAUGACCCAGAAGGAGUUGGAACAGCUUUUUUCACAAUAUGGACGCAUUAUUACUUCUCGUAUUCUUGUCGACCAGGUCACUGGCAUAUCAAGGGGUGUAGGGUUUAUUCGAUUUGACAAACGAAUUGAGGCAGAAGAAGCUAUCAAAGGCCUAAAUGGCCAGAAACCUCCCGGUGCCACGGAGCCAAUCACUGUAAAGUUUGCUAAUAAUCCAAGCCAAAAAACCAAUCAGGCCAUCCUUUCCCAGCUGUACCAGUCUCCAAACAGAAGGUAUCCAGGACCGCUAGCUCAGCAGGCACAGCGUUUUAGGUUGGACAAUCUGCUCAAUAUGGCUUAUGGAGUAAAGAGCAGGUUUUCUCCAAUGACCAUUGACGGAAUGACCAGUUUGGCUGGAAUUAAUAUCCCUGGGCACCCUGGAACAGGGUGGUGUAUAUUUGUGUACAACCUGGCUCCUGACGCAGAUGAGAGUAUCCUGUGGCAAAUGUUUGGGCCUUUUGGAGCUGUCACCAAUGUGAAGGUCAUCCGUGACUUUAACACCAAUAAAUGCAAAGGUUUUGGAUUUGUGACUAUGACAAACUAUGAUGAGGCUGCCAUGGCGAUAGCUAGCCUCAAUGGAUACCGUCUGGGAGACAGAGUACUGCAGGUCUCCUUUAAGACAAACAAAACGCACAAAGCCUAAUGAGCUCUUGUCCUCAGUCCAUUUAUAUAUGAAAACUAUACAACAAAGGCAAGUUAAGAGAAACUUUAUACAUUAGUAAAUGUCUUUGUAAGUCAGUGUUGAGAUGGCGAUAAAACGACUACUUAGCAUCCUAAGAAAUAUGUGAGAUUUUUUAUUGCUAGUAUUUGAAUUAAAACUUCUUAAAUAUCUUUUAUGUUUGAAUAUGGACAAGAGGUACAGGGUUUUUACCUGUCACAUUGCAUUCUAUUGCCUUCUUUGAAGAAGGUGGACCUUUUAAAGUGUUUCAGCUAAGGGAAGACAUUUCUUUUCUUUUUACAUAACUGCCUUGAACCUGUGAGUAAAUAUUGAGGCUUUGUGUUGUAAUUCUUCAGUUGGUUGUGUCUUUUUUUUUCCCCCCUUUUUUUCCUUUUUCUGAUUAGCUUUCUGUUUGGUUUACAUUUAAAGCAUUGCUGUUAUGUCUGUUUAAGAAAAGUAUUUUGAAGUUUACAUUUUUAUUUAUGAAGUUUAAAACAGUAUUUAUUUUGUAAUUAUGAUUUGGGUUGGGGAAGGGGGGGCUACAUUAUAAACGCUUAUUGUAAGAAUACUGGAGAACUUUUCGUAAAGCAGUACCUUGCCAAAGAGAUAAGAGCCUCUUUGAUGUGGGUUUAAAAAAAGCAUCUAUUUUUAUAAAAAAGAAAAUUUGGAGAAACUUUUUACUGGUCCUGGAACAAAUAUUUUGACUUGAAUACUUUGAGAAAUCUCUUCAUAUGACACCUAGUGAGCUUUUAAAAUUUACCAGGAAAUUUGCAGCGGUUGGAAAAUUUAGAAAGAUUUAUGGUGUAGAAAAUACUUUUGAGAUCUUUGUAUGAAAGGAGUAGAAUCAAUGGGGGGAAACACUGCUGGUUUCAUUUUUGUAAUCACCAGUGGAGCGUCUGAUCAUCCUGGUUAUUAUGUGAUAGGUGGCUCACAUUGAUUUGUGAUUUUGAAACAAAUAAAAAAAAUUUACAAAAGAAUAUAUAAGAGCAGGCAAGAAAUUUAAAUUACCGAGAGAUGGGGGAAAAAAUCUGUUCUUCCUAAAGAAAUCCCUUCAGAUAGAGCUCAUGGUGUUUAGUGAUGUACUUGCAGUAUUGUUUGAAGAAUUGUUUUGUCUUAAGGAAAAAAGACGUUGCACAUGAUUUGUACUGCAGCAAAUCAGCAAAAGUGAUCUGAGUUGGAUAUAUUUGAAGGUAUUUUGAAAGUUACGUUCAAGGCUAACACCUGAGCUUUGUGUAAUGUAAAUAAGACCUUGUGUUUAUGAACCUUUCAGCUAAUUUAAUUUUUUUUCCCUUACAUGCCAAGUGAUGUUCAGGUUUUGAAUGUUUUUGUAUCAGUUUUUUCCUUUGUAAAUGGCAUUAACAUUGUUACUUGAGGUCUUGCUUAAUCACUUUUGUUGUCCUGAGGACUUGAAUUUACAGUGCAUCAGAUUUGUUGCUAAUUUUGUCUGUAGAUAGUCUAGCUUCAGCUGUUUAUGGUGAUGCUACAUUUUCGUUUAUAAAUAUGUUUGUGGUAUAAAAAAAUGAGUAUAACCAUAGGUUUUGAACAAAUUUCCUUACAUUUUUCAUACAAAAAUCAUAAAUAUCUGUAUGCUAUUGAAAUUUAACUUUGUAUGAUGCUUAAAAACCACUAUUUGGGGAAAUAAUAAAAUAAGUCUUUACCAUGUAUGAAAGAAAUUUUAAAAAAUACAAAAUAUUUUCUGAUUAGCAUCUAGCUUAUAAUAAAUUUUCAAAAAAGCUGAAGGCAAAAAUGCCUUCAUCAGGAUGCACUGAGAACUAUAUAGUUACGUCCUGCUUUUUGUAUAAACUGAGAUGCUCACAUGCUUCCCCUUAGAACAGGCAAUGUGCUAUGCAUAACAUAGUUGUACAUUAUCUUUGCGGUUGCUUUGAGUUUUAUUUUUUAUUAUUUAAAAUUGUAGUUAUAAAAUUUUUCAGUAUAGUACAGUACAUAUACUGUGAGGCGCGUGCUAAAGUGAAUAAGCGAGUUUUCAUGCUGACCCACUCAAUGCUGUUCAGAAAUCAAUUGGCUUAGCACUUUCUCAUAUCCUUAGGUGCAUUUAGAUUGUCAGAGUUAACCUUCUGCGUUUAAAAAAAGAAAAACACUAAAAAAUAAAAUACAUGUAUAUACUUAAAAAAAAAUAAUAAGGUUUCCCUCAAGGGAAAACAGCAGCUACAUGCUUCUUUCCUAUACUACUGUAGCAAACCAAGGCAUUGAUGAGAGGGCAUGCAAAUUGUGCUUCACUUUACAGUGUUUAUCAGAGCACUUAAUAAAAUGUAAGGCUGGUAUUUAUUUGAAGUUGUACAGUAUGACUUAAUUCACAUCUGUUGGAAUAGAAAAUAUAUUCUGUUGAGUAUUUAAGAGGCUGUACAUGUUUUCUUUUGUGUUUGGAUUCUUUGUACUUUUUCAUGUUCAGUACAUCAAUAAACAAAGUUGAAGGGAAAGAA